AUGGAGACACCAUUGAUAUCUCAACAAGGCCAGACAGCUCUAUUAUGGAUCGGCGUCGUUCUUGCUUUUAUCUUUGUCACCAUUCGAACACAUACUCAAUACCAAACCAAUAAACGGCUAUUCGUCAAUGACUACUGGAUAUUCUUCGCCUUGAUAUGUCACCUAGCAACCGCCAUCGUCUACCAAAUUGCCAUGGCGCCCAUGUACGAGCUCACAUACAUCGGAUGCGGCAUGAAACUCCCGACAGAGGGAUUCAUGGACCGAGCAUCGCUUUUUCUCAAGUUGCAGUAUGCCGCCGAUAUUCUCCUGUGGACUACAUUGUGGUCGGUUAAAUUCUCCCUCUUGUUCUUCUUCUGGAAGCUAUUUGAGUCGGUGAAUUCCUCCAUGAGGUUGUUCUGGUGGGUUAUGUGUGGAGUCACUGCGUCGACGUGGAUCAUAAGUGUGGUUUUGCAGGAAUUUGCUUGUGAUCCUAUUCGUGAUUUCUUCACGUUAGGGAAAUGCUCUUCCGCGAAAGACAUAUUCUACUCGAAUCUCGUUUUCCAUUUCUCGGUUGGGACCGACAUCGCCGGCGAUAUUUGCAUCAUGAUAAUCCCCUUCCCACUCCUCCACAAACUAAAAGUCAACCCCCGAAAACGCUGGAUCCUAAUCGCCAUAUUCUCACUCCCAAUAAUUCCAAUCAUGUUCGCCAUCCUCCGCCUCGUCAUGACAAACCCAAAAACCCACAACGUCGAUCCGAUAAAAUUUCAACUAUUCUCUAUGUUAGAGAAUACUUCUGCAAUCGUUACCUCCUGUUUACCCGCCUUCCGUUUAUUCAUUGUCAACGCACAUAGCUCUACGGUUCAUAGCAACUCGCGACCUUCUCACCGGUAUUCGCGAGGCGUUGGUGGCUCGUAUAGAAAUUUCGGCGACUCCGCACAACAUAAGAAGAGCGAGGGAAUUCCUCUCGGCUCGUUUACCCCAUCACAUUGUGAUUCAUAUCAUGAGGCAAAUGUUGUUCAUGACAGGGUGGUAGUUGGGAAAGGGGUCUCGGUUGAUAGUGAUGAGGAGGCGCUUAAUCCGCGCUAUCCUACACCUACUUACGGUGUCCUUGUUACGAAUGAAUAUCGUGUCACUUGA